UAAUCUUUCACUUUUAUUUUAAGCAGAGCGCAUAAAUUACAGAAAUCAAUAUGGAAAACCCGUCUGGAAUCCUUGUCCCUUCUCCUUGUCAAAAGCAUUCAUCUCUUUAAAAAACAGUGAAAGAGUUACUUUCCAUAUAUUCAAUCAGGCACGCUCAUCACCUACAUUUUUGAACCUCAUUUGCUCCCAUUUAUAUCUUCCAACUUAAAAGAAUACAAAGUUAGACAGCAAAUCAAAACACUGCUCUGGUGCUCUGAAGACCAACUAGAAGGAACCAAAACAAAAAAAAAAAAACAAACAAAAAAAAAGUGACAAAACAAAUCACUAGUUGAGCCAAAAGAAGCAUCAAACAAUUCGAUUCUCAGCUAAAACAACAAUGGGUGUAUCGUCAUUUCUGUUAUCUGUCAUAAUAAUGCUCUGUUUUGGACUGGGAGUUUCCGAGAAUGAAGAGAUGAAAGCUUUGAUGAGCUUAAGGUCAAGUUUGGACCCGGAAUGGAAGCUGCUGACGUCAUGGACAGGUUUGGGUGACCUCUGUGAUGGUUCGUAUGAGGGCGUUGGGUGUAACGAGAUGGGUCAAGUCGCUAAUAUUUCGUUACAGGGGAAAGGGCUUUCCGGGAAGCUCUCACCGGCGGUCGGUCAGCUCAAGCACUUGACCGGACUGUAUUUUCACUACAAUGCGCUCUGCGGGAAGAUACCCGCAGAAAUUGCUAGCCUGACUGAGCUCACCGACUUGUACUUGAAUGUGAAUAAUCUCUCCGGGGAGAUUCCACCUGAACUUGGAAAUAUGCCCAACUUACAAGUUCUCCAGCUCUGUUACAACCAGUUGACAGGAAGCAUUCCAACCCAGCUAGGGGCUUUGAAGAAAUUAAAUGUUCUGGCAUUGCAAAGUAAUCGGUUAACUGGUGCAAUACCUGCUAGCUUAGGUAACUUAGGCUUGCUGAAAAGGCUGGACUUGAGUUUUAAUCGUCUAUUUGGCUCAAUCCCCACAAAGUUAGCAGAUGCUUCUCUCCUUGAAGUGUUGGAUGUUCGGAACAACACCCUGUCCGGCAAUGUCCCUAUUGCUUUGAAGCGACUAAUUGGAGGAUUUCGAUAUGAGAACAAUCUAGGACUUUGUGGAGCUGAGUUUACAUCUUUGAGUGCCUGCAGUGCUUCAGAUCAUCUGAAUCGGGAUAGACCAGAACCUUUUGGAGUUGGCACAAAUGGGUUCCCAACAAGAGAUAUACCCGAGACAGCCAAUCUAAGGUUAAAUUGCACCGGUUCUGGCUGCUCAAAAUCGUCUAAGGCCUCACAGGCUUCUGUCAUUGUAGGGGUUGUCGUGGUCUCUGUUAUUGUCUCAGUGAUCGGAGUUCUUUCCUUUGCACACUACCGCCGUAAACAGAAACCUGACAAUGCAUUUGAUACGUCAGAUGGCCGCGUUAGCAUUGAUCAUGCUAAGGAAGGUCAAAAGAAGAAUGGUUCUCCCCUUAUCAGCCUUGAGUACGCCAGCGGAUGGGAUCCACUGGCUGAGGGCCGACGUUUUGGUGCAGUCUCCCAAGAGGCUAUACAGAAUUUGAAGUUUAACAUCGAAGAAGUAGAAUCAGCUACUCGGUAUUUUGCUGAGAAAAAUUUGUUGGGCAAGAGCAACUUCUCCGCUGUUUACAGAGGUGCACUGAGAGAUGGAUCGGUAGUUGCCGUUAAGAGCAUUUCCAAAACGAGCUGCAAGUCGGAAGAGUUGGAGUUCUUGAAGGGACUGAACGUAUUAACCUCACUUAGGCAUGAAAAUUUGGUUAGGUUGAGAGGGUUCUGCUGCUCUAAAGGAAGGAAAGAAUGUUUUCUGAUUUAUGAUUUUGUUCCAAAUGGUAAUUUGUUGCGUUAUCUUGACCUGGAGGAUGGGAGUGAUCAUGUCCUUGAAUGGUCCACCAGAGUUGCCAUAAUCAAUGGCAUUGCAAAAGGUGUCGAAUAUUUGCAUGGGUACAAGGUGAACAAACCUGCCUUGGUUCACCAGAAUAUUUCUGCUUCAAAUGUGCUGAUUGAUCAUAGGAACAAACCUUUGCUGUCUGAUUCUGGUCUUCACAAACUUUUAACCAAGGAUACUGUUUACUCAGCACUUAAGGCUAGUGCUGCGAUGGGUUAUCUUGCUCCCGAGUACAUUAACACAGGACGGUUCACUGAUAAAAGUGAUGUUUUUGCUUUUGGAGUACUUCUGCUUCAAAUCAUUUGUGGAAAGCGCAAAAUAACCAGUGCAAUGCAAACUGCUGCUGAAUUAGGGAUUGUCCGAGAUUUUAUCGACAGAAAUCUACACGGAAGGUUUUCCGAUGUUGAAGCUAUACGCCUUGCUAAGCUGGCUGUUAAGUGCACCCAUGAAUCUCCAGAGGAAAGACCUGACAUGGAAACAAUCCUCCAAGAACUCAGUAGCUGCAGUACCACUUCUCAGAGUUCUUAACUUUGAUAUUUUUAGGAAUCAAUUCUGUAACAUUCGAAUGCCAUGUAUGAACUGAUGGUGGAUUGUUACUAACCACUCACUGACGGUGAAUUCUCUGGAGGUUUAGCAAUUAGCAUUGUAACUUGUAAGGCUAAUUCCUCUGCCUGAGGAUUAAAGCUCCAGAAGUAAUUUGUGAAUGUUCCUUUAUGAGUAUUUUGCCUAUCGAUCGAUUCCAGCACUCAAAGGUUUUCCC